AUGUCGCAGCCGACCCUCAACUCCAGCCUGAGCGGCAUCAACACGUUCAACUUCGUCGGCAUGAACCGCAGCGGCGGCGGCCGGCUGUCCUACACCAGUCUGCGCGCCGCCUCGGGCGACAACAGCAUCAACGAGGAGGAGCGGCUGUCGACGCCGAACGUACACGCUCUGGGCGGCAGCGUGAGCCCCCGUGGCAGCCUGACGAUGGAGCGAAGCUCGUCGCGGCUGUCGCAGCCGGACGUGCGCCGCUUCGCAAUGCGGCAUGAUAAGCGCGAGCGGCUGUCGCAGCCCACCCUCGUCACCGGCGACUACUACCCCGGUCGGACGCAGCAGCGGCUGUCCCAGCCGUGCCUCAGCAGCGGCGGCAUUGGCAUGCACUCGCCCUCGCCGCCACCCUACCCCCUCAAGCACAAGAGAUUCGGGCCGGCUGUCCUGCAGGCGAGCCAGCGCGACCGUCUGUCGCAGCUGGACAUCGGCGCCAAGUAUCGAAACAUCAAGGAUCUGGGAGGAGGGGGCGGCGGCGGGGGCGGCAACAGUGCCGCCCAGGUCAAAUUUAAUCGCGAUCGGUUCUCGAUUCCGGAGCUCGAGACGCAGAACGACCUGCGGCUGAUCGCCGGCACGCCCAAGCAGCGCUUCAGCCUGGACAGUCAGCUGACGAAGCAGCGCUUCAGCCUGGACAGCCAGGACAGCUGUAAGUCGCGGCUGCUACCGAUCGCCAGCUCGCCGAUCUUCGAGCACCAGCAGAUGAAGACCGAGGAACUCAUGGGGAUGACGUCGGACCGGCUCAAGAGCCCGACCUGCGAGGGUCUGCAGAGCGUGAUCGUCGCGACCACGUCGCCGAUCUUCCCGCCCGGCGAGAGGCGCUUCCUCGCGCCGGACUUCCCGUUCACGGGCAGAAAAACGUCGACGUCCCCGUCGCCGCCCAAGUCCGAGGUCAUCCCGUUCGCCAAGUCGGCGCGCUCCGGCAAACCGCCGCCGAUUCCGAUGCGGGAGCGGAUGUCGGUACCGGAGAUCAGGAACUCGAGCCUGCGCCGGCUGCUGGACCCGCCUGCCCGGCAGCGGCACAGCAUCGCCGGGAAUCUGAGGCAGUCGCUGCUGUCGCCGGUGAAGCUGCCGGAGUUCGGCACCGGCAGCAGGAAAUCGCCGCGGUACUCGAUCGACGACGCGCUCGAGAAGCUGAAGAGGAUCGAGAAGGAGGAGAACCGACGGAACCAGGAGACGAGUGAGCUCAGGAGGCAGGACACGAAGGAGCAGGACCAGGAGAAGGAACCGAAGCACAUCCAGCGGCACUAUUCGUACACGUACGAGACGUCCGGCAGCGAAAACAGCGGCAGCGCCUCGACGCUCGGCAAGCUGAGCGUGGGCGGCACGCCGAAGCGCAAGUUCCUCGAGAGCAACUUCGACGAGAACGAGCAGGUGAUCACGACGGUGAUCGAGACGGAGAUACCGAUGAUCCUGCCGAGCACGCCCGGCAAGUACGCCAAGAAGGUGCAGGCGUACUCGAGCGACACGCCCAAGUGGAUCCGCAAGUACCUGGAGAACGAGAACAGCCCGAAGGUGGGCAGAAAGACCUCGGCCACCGGCAAGGACCAGAUCGUCAGGUCGAGCAGCCGCAGGAGCAGCCGCAGGAAAAGCUCGCUGGAGUCGAUCGAGGCGAUGGCGAAGAAGCCCGAGGAGAAGGCGCGCUCCAAGUCCGCCAGCUGCGAGGAGAGGAACGUCGCGGAGCAGAUGGGCGGCGCGAAGGAAACCUACGUGAGGAUUGUGCCGUCCAACAACGCCCAGCAGGAGAAUAGGUACGAGGUCGGCGUGGAGACGACCUCGUGGACCACGACCGACGGCCGGGGUCUCUACGGCGACGACACCGACACGGACGACUCCACGUCGAUUUAA